UCAAGUCGACCACCAUCCCAGGUAACCUGACCAACCCGAGCUCCCCCUUCUCCAGUCUCCUCGCCCUUCUCCAGUUCUCCUCCGCUCGUCUUCUUUUUAUUAAGCACACAGUUCUUGCGCCCCGGAAAUAGUAACCGGAAAGAGAGAAGAAAAACCCCCUCACUCCACUCCAGUCUCCAGUACACUCACGCACACAGAGAGAGCAAGGCGAUCAUGAGAAACCUCAGGAACAUCCCUAGUAGCUCUCAGUUGUACUAGGAGGCGCUUGGAUCGGCGCUGGGGAAGAAGACAAGGCGACCAUGGUGAUGGUCCUCGGUGGUGGCCACAGCAAGACGGACGAGAACCGUCACCGGAGGCGCCACCACCGCCUCUCCCCGUCGCCCUUUCCCCGGCUGCCCCUCCCCUGAUCGAGAACCCUCUGUGAUCCUUCCUUCCCCUUGGCUCUGGAGCAGACCAGCCUUCUUUUCUUGGAAUCUCUGAGAAUUUCGCGUGAAGUCGAGCGACUGGCCAUGAAGAGACCGAGCAGCUCCGUCUCCGGCGGCGGCGGCGGCGGCAGCGGCAGUCCCGGCCUCCUUCCGCCGGUUGUUCACAGUGAUGACGGCUUUGGCGGCGUCGGGGUGGAGGAGGCCGACGAGGACAUGGUGCUGUGCGGCGGCGGCGGCGGCGGGGAAAAGAAGCGGCGGCUGAGCACGGAUCAGGUGCGCGCGCUGGAGCGGAGCUUCGAGACGGAGAACAAGCUGGAGCCGGAGCGGAAGGCGCGGCUGGCGCUUGACCUCGGCCUGCAGCCGCGCCAGGUCGCCGUCUGGUUCCAGAACCGCCGCGCGCGGUGGAAGACCAAGCAGCUGGAGCGCGACUACGCCGCGCUGCGCCACUCCUACGACGCGCUCCGCGCCGACCACGACGCCCUCCGGCGCGACAAGGACACGCUCCUCGCGGAGAUCAAGGAGCUGAAGGCGAAGCUGGGCGACGAGGACGCGGCGGCGAGCUUCUCGUCCGUGAAGGAGGAGCCGGCGGCGUCCGGCGUCGAGCCCCCCGCCGCGGCGGCGCAGGGCUCGUCCGACAGCGACUCGAGCGGGGUGGUGAACGACGCGGAUAUGAUGGCCGCGCCGGAGAAGGCCAGCGUCCACCCCCCGGCGGGCGCCGCCGCCGGGGCCGAGGCCUUGGUGCCCGGCGCGGCGCUCCACCACGGCGAGGUGUUCUUCCACGGGCACCCGCUGAAGGUGGAGGACGACGAGGCGGCGUUCCUGGGCGACGACGACGCCGCGUGCGGGGGCUUCUUCGCCGACCUGCAGCCGCCGCCGUCGCUGCCGUGGUGGACCGAGCCCACGGAGCACUGGGCCUAGAGCCGGGCCGGGCCGACGAGGCGUUCUCGGGAAUAAAAGAACUCGGCAGGGAAGGGGGGCGUUUCUGCAAAUUUUGUAAAAUGGAAGUGUACCUAGUCCUUUUUUGUCAUUCCAGUACUGCGUCGCCCGCAGCUGGCGCUCGGCUCCCCUCUCGUAGAGUUGUAUACGGGGCCGUUUAGGGCCUGUUUAGUUCCAUCCGGAAACGCAAAAAUACAAAAAAAAUAUAAAAAAAAACACAUCAUAUCGAAUAUUUCGACA